CGCAAAUCGCAACACAUGUUCUACUUCGUAAAUGUGCAACCCUUAUAGUUAAAAUUUUACUUUUUAGUAGUCCAGCCCGCAUUCGGUCACGCAUAAUGGGUAUGCGGGGCGUAUGGGCCACGCCUUGCGCCUAGGCCCACCUUUGCGGCGCCUUUCCGGGCCUUUUAGAAGAUUGGAUGGAGGGAAUAAUAACGAUCUAAUUAUUUAACUGCAAUGAUCAUGAUUUUAAUGUUCUUAAGAGGGGGAGAGAGUAACUGUGAAGAGCUCAGAGCUUCAGAUAAUACUCAGAAAUGUCAACUUGUACUACAUCAGUGCGUGACAUCUUCAAGGAAAGGAAACUGAAAUUGCCAUUCAUUGUCUCUCUCUUUCUUCUCAUUUUCUUCCUCACCUUUCUCCUCAUCUCAAACUCUCAGAAAUCCCAACUCUACACAGCCACCGACAUCGCCCUGACCGGCCCCGAUUCCAAAGCCGCUGCCAUCCCGUUUCAUUCUGCUCCAAGCCCUCUUCCACCUCCCUCACUACCGCAGCACCCGCCUGAUUCCAUCUCGAUCGGCGGUCAUGAGAAUGUUGCCGGCGAUUCCGAUUCUGAUCCGAUCCAGUGGAAGUUGUGUGACGGUGCGGUGGCGGUUGAUUACAUACCUUGCCUUGAUAAUUGGAAAGCUAUAAGCGCAUUGAAGUCGAGGAGGCACAUGGAGCAUCGGGAGCGGCACUGCCCCAACCCCACUCCCCGGUGUUUGGUUCCACUUCCGGCUGGUUAUCAGGUUCCCGUUCCGUGGCCCAAGAGCAGGGACAUGGUGAGAUUGUUAUCUUUUUGGUGGUAUGGUAUAACAAUGUGCCACAUCCUAAACUUGUGGAUUACAAAAAGGACCAGAGAUGGGUUGUCAAAUCUGGGGAUUAUUUUGUUUUUCCUGGUGGGGGAACUCAAUUCAAAGAGGGGGUGAACCACUAUGUUGAAUCUAUAGAGAAGGCUUUACCAAAAAUUAAAUGGGGAAAAAACACAAGGGUUGUUCUUGAUGUUGGCUGUGGUGUUGCUAGUUUUGGUGGGUUUUUGCUGGAUAAAAAUGUGAUUACAAUGUCAUUCGCACCGAAGGAUGAACACGAGGCUCAAAUACAGUUUGCACUUGAACGUGGAAUCCCAGCUACACUCUCAGUGAUUGGAACUCAAAAGCUUCCAUUUCCAGACAAUGGGUUUGACUUGAUUCAUUGUGCGCGUUGCAGGGUUCACUGGGAUGCAGAUGGUGGGAAACCAUUGAUGGAGCUAAACAGAGUUCUUAGGCCUGGAGGGUAUUUCAUAUGGUCUGCCACUCCAGUAUACCGGGAUGAUGAAAGAGAUCGUCAAGUUUGGGAAGGCAGGGGACAUUUCAGCUGACAAUUGAUCAUUUCCAGAAUGAAGCCAUAGAGUUUCUAAUUAUUACACCAUGGUUUCUCUGACUGCAGCACUAUGCUGGAAGGUAGUGAAGAAGACAUAUGAUAAAUCUACUUCAAUUGGGAUGGUUAUAUAUCAAAAGCCCACUUCACCGUCCUGUUAUAAGGGGCGUCAAGAAAACAAUCCUCCUCUUUGUGAUCAGACAAGUAGACUAAAUAGUUCAUGGUAUGCACGCCUUGACAGCUGUCUUCCACAACUUCCCAUAACUAGCAAUGGAAAUUCAUACAAGUGGCCUGUACCCUGGCCUAUGAGGCUCAGCAACAGACCUUCAAGCCUGUCUUUAGUAGGUGAUGAUGAAGAGACUUUCAAUAAGGAUACCAAACACUGGGAUGCACUUCUCUCUGACGUUUACCUAGGAGGACUUGCCAUAAACUGGACAGGCGUUCGGAAUGUAAUGGAUAUGAAUGCCGGUUAUGGAGGGUUUGCUGCAGCAUUAGUUAACUUGCCGUUAUGGGUAAUGAAUGUUGUUCCUAUUAGUGGGCCAGACACGUUACCUAUUAUAUUUGAUAGAGGGUUGAUUGGAAUAUAUCAUGACUGGUGUGAAUCCUUCAACACCUAUCCUCGUACAUAUGAUCUUCUACAUUCAAAUUCCCUCUUUGGAAAGUUAGCUCAAAGAUGCAAUAUAAUAGACAUGACAGUGGAGGUGGAUAGAAUAUUGAGACCAGGCGGGAUACUUUUGGUCCAAGACAGCAUGGAUUUGAUCAAUAAGCUUAGCCCAAUUCUACACUCACUCCACUGGUCAGUAACUAUAACCCAGCAACAGUUUCUUGUUGGCAAGAAAGGCUUUUGGCGUCCACAUGAAAAGACCAGAUUAUAGAAACGACACUCACACCCUCAUAUUAACUUUUUUUAUUUGUAUUCCAUGGGAAGGUAUCAAUCCCAUAUAUUCACAUACAAGAAUGAUUGAGAAGCAAAAAGAGGAGCCAACAUAUAUUUCGGUACACAUUUAUUAUUUGUGUAAGGCUGUAUUCAAACCAGCUCUUUUGUGGUUCUUAAUCUGGUUCGAUUGCUGCUGGUUGGAAACCAGAUCUUCAAGUUACUUUGAAUUCAAAAAAGCUUUAAUUGGCCACUCUUGGCUUAUUUUGGGGAACAUCCUGAUAUUGUGGUUUACAACUAUAAAACCGACCGCUUCUAGUCCGGUCUCAUACUUUCAGUUUGACUGUUGUCAUGCCAACAACAAAAUAUUGCAAUGCGUCUACUUAAUA